AUGAGUGAAAAGUUAAUGUGGGACAGGCUGGAGCUUGCUGAUCUGUCUGUGAUUACAGUUUUGGAGGAGAUGUAUGCUAAUUGUAUAGAAUUUUAUGUAAUAGGUGGCUCCAAAGUCAUAGAAAAAGCCAACCAAACCAACAGAGUCUCCGAGUUCAUCCUCAUGGGACUCUCCUCCCGACCUGAAGACCAGAAACCACUCUUUGUCCUCUUCCUCACCAUGUACCUGGUCACAAUAACAGGAAACCUGCUCAUCAUCCUGGCCAUCCGAUCUGAGCCCCAGCUCCAUACCCCUAUGUAUUUUUUUGUGAGUUUCUUGUCUUUCAUUGACAUUUGCUUCAGCACAACCAUUGUCCCCAAGAUGAUAGUCAAUUUCCUGUCAGAGAAGAAGACUAUCUCCUAUGCUGGGUGUCUCACACAGAUGUAUUUCACCUAUGCUUUGGGUACCACUGACAGUUGUCUCCUGGCAGUCAUGGCCUUUGAUCGCUAUGUGGCCAUCUGUGACCCCUUCCACUAUGUCACUGUCAUGAGCCACCACCGUUGUGUCCUCCUGGUGGCUUUCUGCUGUUCAUUUUCUCUCCUCCAUUCACUCCUACACACACUUCUUCUGACUCUUCUCAACUUCUGUGAUACCAAAGUUAUCCACCACUUCCUCUGUCACAUCAACACUUUGCUGAGAAUGUCCUGCUCCUCCACAUUCCUCAAUGAACUUGUCAUCAUGACAGAAGGACCUAUUGCUCUAGUGACCCCAUUUCUGUGCAUUGUUUUCUCUUAUAUACAAAUCCUCAUUGUGGUUCUCAAGAUCCGCUCUGCUGCUGGAUUACGCAAAGCCCUCUCCACCUGUGGCUCCCACCUGACCGUGGUAACAAUCUUUUAUGGAAGCAUCUUCUCUGAUUUAAAGCCAUUAUCAAGCUGCAAUGCUAGUGCUCCUGUAGCAGCUGUUGUUUACACAGUUCUGUCCUCCAUGUUGAACCCUUUUAUCUACAGUCUGAGAAAUGAAGAUAUGAAGAGAGGUCUACAGAAACUGGUAGGCCGCAGGAAAUCCUAG